UUUCAAUUCUCUUCGAACUCGGCUCUACGCAUAUCGCGCGAUCUGUUCAGUGAUUUUCUUUUCACGCGUGGUUACGCCACGAGACAUUAUUACGACGCCAAACUUUGUACAGUUCAGAUAUAAUAUACGCUGUGUAAUGUGUAUGUGUUUCAUUUCCGAUGGAAUGAUCUGAUACGUGCUGAUCUUCGACACACUGUAGUACAAAGUUUUUUGACUAGUUGUGAGGAAUCUAUUCAGCUGCCACGAUUACAACUUCAUCAAGUCCGAAAAACCGAGAGCGAAAACACAGAAUGAGCCCAGUUUACUGAUCAGCUGAUACCUACCCACGCAAAUAUAGUGUACAUUUUUCAACAGACACGUCAAUUCUUGAGAAGCAAUUGCAGAUAUAGAAGCAGACGAACGCAUUACUACAUAUAACUUUAAGAAUUAAACAAGACUACAUAAUGUCCAUUUCAAACUACACCGUCAUACUGCUACUACUAGCCGUCCACUUUUCCAUACAGAGAUCUACGCCAGACAGUCCGACGUACAGAGCCGCUGUCGUAGAGUAUGGACCUACCGAGUAUCACGAUGAUUACCAAAGAACGAUGGAUGAGAGCGCUGAGAAAUAUACGCAAUACAUCAGGGAAGCCGCGAAAAAGGAUGUGGACAUAAUAGUCUUCCCAGAAGGUGGAUUAAACAUGCUGCACUUUCCACUGAGAUCGGAAGCAUCUUAUCGCGCCACCUUUAUUCCGAAUCCCUCUGAGAAAGUCAUCCCUUGUAUCAAUGAGAGCAUCGCUGUGAUCGGAGCACUUAAGAAGCUUUCCUGUGUUGCUAGAGAGAACCAAAUCUAUAUAGCUUUGAAUAUUUUGGAAAAAGAAGAAUGUGGAGGUUCCCAUUGCUCCAGUGAUGGACUCCUAGUGUAUCUGAGUAAUGUAGUCAUAGAUCGGAAUGGGGCAAUCGUGCUGAGGAGCCGUAAAAAUCACCAGUUCGAUGUGAUGGCAUGGUUCAACUCCACAGAGACGAUUGAGUUAUCAAUGUUCGAAAGUGACUUUGGAGUGACAUUUGGAAGUUUCGUUUGUUACGACAUAAUGUUCGAAAGCCCACCGUUCAACCUGACCAGACAAUUCAAUAUAACUGAUUUCGUUUACCCCGGUGGAUGGUUUCUUGGUUUGCCAUUUACAUCUACUGUUCAAAUGCAAUCCGGUUGGGCCUACGCAGAAGACGUGAAUUUGAUUGCCUCCGGUUACAACAGGGUCAGCACAGGACACAGUGGAAGUGGAAUAUUCGCGGGACGCCGCGGCAUCCUCACAGCUGUUCAGCCGUUGGAACCAUGCAAUGAAAUGCUGAUUGCUGAUGUGCCGAAAAUAAACAGAGCAAAUACGAGCAAGCAAAUUCAACAACGCCAGCGCGAGGAUCACCCGGGAAUCUCGAAUACAGAUGUCAUACGGAGGAAACAAUAUCGCCGGAGUAGUGAUUUUGAGCACCUGGUACGAGGAAUUGAAAAUUUCGAAAAUUACACAACGAAAGUCAUCUCUCAAGUCGGCUAUAGUGAGGAAACCCUCACAACGAAUAACGUGACGUGUGAUUUCAAAGUGAACUUGACGCAUUUUGAUUAUCCGAUAACGUACCGCAUCGUCGCUUACGACGAUAUUCAUGUUGCGAACGCCAAAAACAUAUUGGGCAUAAGUACUUGCGCGAUUAUUCAAUGCGUAAACGAAACUUUGGAGUCGUGCGGCCACUUUGAGGAGAUCUCGACCAUGUUUGAUUUCAUCGAAGUCGAAGCGACUUACGCAGUCGACGAAAAUGUGUUUUUUGCACCAAAUACUUUAGCAACCGAUAUGCUACCUAUCGAGGGAUGGACCUUCGAUAGUCACAUACGUAACGGCAAAUACACAGCAUCGAUUUUUCUAACCGCUCCUGUUCAGAACCUGGUUACUUUUGGAGUUCGUGGCAGAAUCUUUGUCAGGGAUCAAAUCACAAUAUGAUCCGCUACCAUAAUGUUGGUUUCUAUUUAUUUCAAACGUUUACCGUAUGAAGUGGCUGCAGUGGAUACGUAUCGUACUGUGACUAUAAAAGUACCCUGUACAGAUGCGUCAUCUUAAUAAACAUGAAAUUAUGUCUAUACAA